CCGUCGGAUCGUCAACUUGCUUUUGACAUCGUUGCCUAUAAAUUAAAUAUCAACAGCCCUACACGCGAGAAUACUUUUAUUAUCUUCCUUUUCGAGAUCGGAGCACUAAUUUGAAUUCAGAGAAGCGAAAGCGACAGAGAGAAGAAGAUGGCUCGUACCAAGCAAACCGCUCGUAAGUCUACAGGAGGAAAGGCCCCUAGGAAGCAGCUUGCUACUAAGGCGGCUCGCAAGUCUGCACCAACCACUGGUGGAGUGAAGAAGCCACAUCGUUACAGGCCCGGAACUGUUGCUCUUCGUGAGAUCCGUAAGUACCAGAAGAGUACUGAGCUGUUGAUCAGGAAGCUCCCUUUCCAGAGGCUUGUUCGUGAGAUUGCUCAGGACUUCAAGACUGAUUUGCGUUUCCAGAGCCAUGCGGUGCUAGCACUCCAGGAGGCAGCAGAAGCGUACCUUGUGGGACUCUUUGAGGACACUAACCUGUGCGCCAUUCAUGCCAAGCGUGUGACAAUCAUGCCCAAGGACAUCCAGCUCGCUCGCAGGAUCAGAGGAGAGCGUGCUUAAGUGUUGUGUUGUUCGUUUGGGUCGUGUAUUAUGUGACUGUGUUGGGGUUUGUUGUUCUCUAAAUAGACGUAGCUGGAUUUUAGAUAAUGGUCUUUCAAGAAGGCUUUUCGUAUUAGUAAGACUCUAAAACAAUGAUGAAUGAUGCUUUGUUGGUUUUUUCUUAUUUUCUUGUCCAAGUAUGAUUUGCUUUUUGUGUAUUUGUGAACUUUUCGUUGUUUAAUCUCAUUUCUAAAACAAUUAGUAUGUUGAUGUCUC